UUAGCACCUCCCCUUUUAAGCUGGUGCGCGGUUCCUGGAUCUUUCUAUUGCUUUCUGUCACAAGAAACGCUUUCAUUCUAAUGCUAUUUUAGAUGGGAAAAGAUAUUUUCAUUCUUUGUGUAAAUUUUAUGCUAACCAGUCAGUCAAUCAUAUUGGUGAAUGUUUAAGAAAUUUCCCGAAAUUCAAUAAUUCAAUUUUGCGAGGUGGAAGCUCCAAACGAGGCUCGAUGGAAAGGACAGAUUUAGAGAGAAGGGCCUAACGAAAACAGGAACAACUUAGAUUGUCAAAAUGUCUUGGCUAGCUGCUUUGAGCAAGAGUGCAAAUGGAAUUCCCAAUUGCAUAGCUACUUAUUCAAAGGUUAUGAAGCAAAGUGCUUGUCUGCAAUUUUCAAGACUGAACUCUACAAGCAUAACGCGCAUCAGGAAAAAAACUUAUGCAAGAAUGUACAAAGUGCGUAUCGUAAAUCCAGAUGGAUCUUCAUAUUUUGUUCGGCAUCCUGAACCAAUCGGUGUCAUCCGUAUGCCACAAGAUCCAAAUUUACUGACAGAAGAAGAGAAGAAGUCAAGGCUCCGAAGGUUGAAAGGCGAAAAGAUUGUUGAUGUAGCGAGUGACUUUGAGAAAGAUGACGUAAAAUUUGAUCAAAGAGCCGUCACCAGGCUACUUAGAAAGAAAAAAGCAUGAGUCUUUAAUAAAAUUAAUGAAAAUAUAUAUUAGAUGUUUGUAUAUUUGUAAGAACUUUGUUUUGUUGACUGUCAUAAAUUUACUGUCUUGACUGCCUCCUUUAUACCGAUUUGUUUGCAUGUGUCAUUUGUACUCUCUUUUUAUUAACAGCAUUGUUUCAUUAUAGUUGUGUUGAAGUGUAUCGUCACUUAAAAUUCGCAAUUAAAAUUUUCAGCGAGAUUUCAGAA